AUGAGCCAGAGAGCAGAGCGACUGCAAGAGGAGGAGAAGCGAGAUCUCCUCGAUCCUCUGAUGGCUGAAGGAUGGUCAGUCAUGGACACAAGAGACGCGAUCCACAAGAAGUUCAAGUUCAAAGAUUUCAAGAAGGCCUUCAAAUUCAUGCAGGGGGUUGCUGUGCACGCUGAUCGGCUUGACCAUCACCCCGAAUGGACGAACGUAUACAACAAGGUGGACAUCACUCUGACGACGCACGACUGCGAUGGGUUGUCGAAGAGGGACAUUGAGCUUGCAAGGCACAUCGAAGAAGAAGCGAAGAAUGUGAGUCAGCAGUGA